AUGAACUUGACAGAGAGUUAUACGAACAAGUUAACCCAUUUGACGGUCCGGGGGGGGACUGUUUCCUUUGUUGACGGAUGCAGUGGGCCAGCUGAGCGCGCUCUGGGUAUAGGGCGCAGCUUUGGUGCUGAGUGGAUUAGAAACGCCUAUCACGACAUGGCAACAGCGGAUGUGUUCUCAGGGACCGGCGGUCUUGAUGCCUCAAUUGUUUUCGAGAUGGAUCGUCCUGAAAAUGUUGGUGACGCGUUUCAGGAGACUCUAAACAUUUUCAAGGGCAGCUAUAAUACUCGAAUCUCGAUGGCUGAUUUAUUUGCAAUAGCCACAGUAAUGGCAGUUGGUGCAUGUUCAAAUGGAAAAGUCAUUGUUCCGUUCAGAGGAGGUCGCGUGGACGCAGUCGGUCCAGGUCCAUCGGGCGUUCCAGAGCCUCAGCAAGAUCUGCCAACACAUACCUUGAGUUUUGCAAAACAGGGCUUUGAUACAUCUGAAAUGAUUGCUCUCGUUGCUUGCGGCCAUAGUGUUGGAGGUGUGCAUGGUGUUGACUUUCCAGAAAUUGUCCCAAACCCAAUAAAAAACGAUAAUACAGUGACUUUUGAUACAACAACGGACAAUUUUGACAAUUUUGUGUUACGCAUGAUUAAUACUGUGCCGCGAGAUGUUAAGCUGACAGAUAUCAUCGAACCUCUUGCUAUAAAGCCUAGAAAAUUGUCCGUUGCAAUUAAUGACAACGGAACGCUAUUAGCAAGUGGAAUUAUCCGAGUAAGCUGCGGCUAUCCCAAUUGCGGCCCAAGCUACACAUAUUACAGAUUUAAUUCUAUAAUUCCUGCCGAACUGGGAAUAUCAUCUUUUACCGUUGAAACCGUCGAUACCGCAACUGGGAAAGCUACAAUCCAUAAUAAUGGUGGGGCUGGAUUUCCUAUGUCCGAUGCUAUUCUGCCAAUGUUUGGUCUGUCUAGUCAGAGCAGGACAACCAUCAAUGGUGGCGCCCAACUGCAGCUCAACUUAACUGUUGCAGUUUUAAAUGCAGAAAUGUUUACCAACGUCUCGCUCAUUGUUCCACAACCCUUAAACAAAAGUGCGCCAAUUAGCCCAUGGAAUCAAGAAGUAGUUCAUAUGGAGCCUUUAUAUAAGAUCUCCGGAACCAACUUUACGCUCUACAGGGGUAUAUGGCAGAGUAGUGGUCCAUUGACGGCAACCUCUUCGCAUCCGUUCGAUAUUAUGGCUGAGGGAUCGACGCAAACAGUUUCGAGUCUCUUUAACUCCUGGGAUGAUGUUGAAUUUAUUUAA